AUGCGUGUAAACAUCGCGGGUAGCAUCACAGGGUCAUCGCCGGUGACGAGAACCAGUGCAAGUGUCUCAGGAUCGAUCUCUUGUCCGCCUUGGCAAGUGCAAGAGUCAGCAGGGUCUCGGCAAAGGAAACGGCCUACAAAGAUGAAGAAGGAGACAAUAGUGAAAGGAGCAGAAGUUUCUACUUUGCAGGAAGAAAAUGAAGAUCAUAGUCACCUAAGCGUAAGCCUACUGCAACCCAUUAGUCAAGGAAACGGUCCGAAAAUACUUCUUCCCCAAGAAGACACCAUUGAUGAAGAGGACUCUUCGAGUGCGACAACAUUACUAGAACUAGCAUCUUCUCCAAGUCAAGCCGCUUCUCUGAAAGAAUCGUUGAUGGAAGAGUAUAGAGCUGGCUUGAAUUCUCUUGCAGUUCGUGCCCCUCUACGAGUAGCUAUUGUGGACAAUGAUGAAAUUUCGCAAGCUCAUCUAGACCAAGCAGCACAACAAGAAGAGGAGGAGGCGGAGGAAGAGGCGGAGACAAGUGAGGACGAGGACGAGGCCAGUGGUACCUGUGCGUUGGAGGUGUAUCCUCCAAAAGAAAGAGCAAACAACAUAGCAGCUACAACAGCGACUUCUAGACAUCAUCAUGGAGUUAAUUCUACAACAGCUAAUUCUACGACAGCCUCAUCUCUGCAUGUCGUUCCCCCAUCAAUCAUGAAUGGUGCACAGUCUUCCUCCACUAUGCCAUAUCCUCUUGCACCUCAGUUGAAUGUACUCGAGCAACAGACGAAACCGAAGCUCCAUGCUCGUCAAGCACCUGGUGGAGGAAAAACGAGGCCUACCAAAGCUUCUAGUAGUUGUACUCGAAGUAGUGGUAGUCCUCUGGAGUAUCCUUCCACUAGUAUAGGAACUACAACAUCAAGCUCUGUGGUAGACCAUUCUUCUUCUAUGACUAGUUGUGCUGGAAUACCCAAGUUGAGCGAGCCAGCCGGUUGCUCGAUGCCUGUCGGUGCAUUGGCAAAAACUUCUACAAGGGGAGCGUCAGACGGUGGCAGCCUUGGGAUGACACCUGCAGGAGGAAGUAGAUCAUCGAUGCAGCUGUGUGCGUCGAGAAAUUAUACUCCUCUGGUUGGGAUAAACGACAGCAUCCUGAACGGAAGCGGGCGGCUGACAACGGGCGAUAGGAGCACUCUCGAGAUGGAAUUUGAGGCGAUGAAAAACUCCACUGGAAACUACAUGGCGGGAUUUUCGUCUAGUACUGCGAUUACAACAACUAGUAGGUGUCUUGCAUCGGCAGCAGUACCUGGUCCGCCUUCACUUGCCUCGUCUUCGUCGUUUACGGCUAGUAGUCCAACGAAAACAGAACGCGUGAUCUACGCGCGAGAGUCGACCGAACCUUGUCAUUCACUUUCGCUUUUCGGCGGUCCGAGGACGAUUCCACAUGUUCUUCCAGGUUUGACAGCAUCAUCUAUUUCUUCUAGCUCGUCGUCUACGAACACUGCAGCAGUGACAUCACUGCCUGUAGCAGCAUCUUCGUCUUCGUCCACCUCCACGCAAGGAAUGAUAUUAAAGACCCCUUUGCCUGUUGUACAAGUACAUCCUGAUCCUGGUGAAUCAGCAGCUGCCGCAUUGUACAGGCGUAAUCAAGAGUUAUUGCGGAAAACCCUACGCGAAAUGGAUGACGAAGAUAGUCCUGUGAAAGUAGACGAAGAUGGUCCUGUUGUAGAUCCAGCAUUGACAAAUGAUGUAACAAUGACCGAUGCAGGCGGUCCAGUCAGGGGCGCUCCAAAAGAACCAGAACUAGUACCUCUCAGCAAACUACAAGGUAUGAGCAUUGGUGGAACCAGCACGAUGAUCGAGCUAGUAGAGAACGAUAAGGCAGCUAAUGAAGACAACAUGCAGGAAACCCACUCAAUCCACCAAGCCUCUCUCGAAGCAGAUGCAGAUCAUGACAUGCAGGAAGCCUUAGAUGUGAAGUCUGUCACGUUCAAUAUGAAAGCGAGUCAGUGUCAGAAAACCCUUGCAGAGAUAACGCGCUACUGUGAGACGCUACAGGUGAAAAAAGCUACUCUGAGAUGCGAGGAGGAUUUCGGCCAGUCGCUAGUAGCAUGUUUGGAAUUGUCGGCUGCUUUGAGACGGAGUUGAGCUGGUCGUAGACUAAAGACAAGGAGCUUAACCUUAAGCUAUUGGUAUACUAAAACGAGUACGAAACGUCAACUAAGUAUUUGGUUGCGCUAGAUCGGUAUAUUGCAUUGUUCUUGAUUGAAUAUAUUUAAUAACUUCUACACUGUAUUAAAUUUGUCGAACUCGAUCUCAGUACUUUAUCUUGUGCUUUGAUUCUAAACGAAAAUUAAAGAUACGGAACAGAUAAUCCAACGCUGCAUUUCAGUAGAAUUUUCGUUUUUCUCUGCUGUAAACGAAGAU